CGGCAAGGGAGUCGCGAUCCUCAAUGGCUUCAAUCUGGGACGCUACUGGCCGUCCAUAGGACCCCAGGUGACGCUGGACUCACAGAAGUGAAACUCAACGGAGUGCCUCUGGGAGGAUGGACCAUGGAGGCCGUACCCGUCACCAAAAACAGGGACGUCUCCUACAUCUUGCAGCUUCUUCUAGACGCAGUGGGACAAGGGGACGUUCCCGGCUUCUUCCAUGGCACCUUCCAACUUCCCCAGGGCGAACCCGCCGAUACCUUCCUGGAUCCGCGGGGCUGGGGCAAGGGCAUCGCGUUCGUGAACGGAAUCAACCUGGGCCGGUACUGGGCCACGGUCGGGCCACAGAUAACGCUCUACGUGCCUGCGCCUUUCCUAUUGGCUUAUCCGGAGGACAACAGACUUGUGUUAUUGGAGCUGGAAAUGGUUCCACGUGAUAGCCGUGUGCGGCUGGUGGACACACCGAAACUGGAUGCUGAUUUCUGAUCCUGAUCAAAGCGCCCGGGAUACAGAUGUUCCUCUGUGCUCGAACUCUUGCCCAUCAUUAAGAAGAAACAUUACAUUAUCCUACCAACACAAUAACUCACGUAUACCAUAAACUCUCUGUUUCUGUUACAGAGGGUAACAUAGCAAGUUGAAAACGAAAGAUUGCCAUGUGUCUCUUUUAUUCCUUUAACAGUUGAAAGGGUAUUAUCAAAAGUACUAGUAUAGUGGAAUGUGCUCAUUCUGGCCACCCGACAGGGAGGUACAAAUCUGAUGUUGGUUAAACCAUGUCCGAGUGAAAUGGGAAAAACCGUCGGUGUUGUGUUGAGGCUAACUUUGACCCGCGGUUCACCUAGGAUCUAGUGUUUCCGCAAAUUCAGGAGACCGCAUUAAUUUGGUUAUCCCAAGUUGUAAAAAAAAUGUAUGAGUAACUUUGAACACGUUCAGUCAAUUAGAGUUUAAUAAUGUAGUGGAAGCUCGCCUACAGCACGAGCUUUUCAGUCCUCCUAACACUUCAGCCUCUGGUGAGCCUAAGCAUGAUACACGCCAGCGAGGCCGUGCUGGAGGCGGAGCUUUCAAAGCAUUAGCAUAAUGUACCCGAAUGUGGUACGUGAGACGGUCACUAACAUUAUUUUUAUAAACUCUUGUUAGGAAAAUGACAGCCAAGCUCCCACACUUCAUUGUCACGUUGCACAUGGGCACUUUGUUAAUCGAAUGGCUGAAAAGUUUCGUUCUUAAGUUAGUUUAAGUUGUGUCGAUACGAUGCGCAGUGUACACUAUACGCUAUAUAGAACAAAAUAAAUAAAUACAAACAGAUAAACACGCAACAGAACAGUCGAAGUGAUGUCUUUAAAAACAAACAUUUAAAGAAGUCAGUGCGUUUAUUUAGUGCAAAUGAACGAAAAAUAGCAUACGUGUUAGGUGUCCAAAAAGCGUGCCAUACAGCUCAGCUGAUACGAGCCGGGACCUGGUCCGUAAAGGUGUCACUUUU